AGUCGGAGGAGAUAGAUGUAUGUAGGAGGGCCGCUCGAUACAGCCCCAGCAACCCCCUCUUCCACCCUCUCCCGAAGCCAAGCAUCGCAUCGCGAGGUUAAAGUGAGAAAAGUCAACCCCAGUGACUCGGUGAGUCCUCCUGCGCUGGAAUAUCGAGAGCCAGGCAGGGUUGCACCAGCGGAGAAGGUUAAGGAUUCGAUCGUCCGCAAGACUAACGGACCGUCGUUGCAACGCUGUUGCUCAACUCCCCGCAACGAUUCCUUGCAAUUUCGGGCUUGGAAUUCCUACGGAAGUCUGGGACACGCGCGCCGUUAUGGAUUGCGGCUCUUCGAAACUUCUAUCGGCCCAGAAAGAGUGAGCUUCGUUUCGGGCACACCGCCGUCGUGCCGCCACAUCCUCUACUACAAAUACACCUUCGUUUCGAACUUAUUUACCGCCCCGUCAACCGUGCUCUUAACCGAGUAUUAUUCCAGGUGCUCAAGUUCCAGGAAAAAUCCAGUAAUAGAAACUCAAAGUGGAGCGUAUCUUCCGGUGUUCGCGAACCAGAGAAGGUCCGCCCCUGCGGGAAAAGGAAGGAAAGAAAGAUUGCGGGCCAGUGUAAUUUCUAUUGCAUUUCUAUCUCGCUCGACGGCCGAAUUAAGUAGGUCCGCAUCCGUUCGCGUAAUUCUUAUUACAAAAGCGUACACGCAGCCGGCACAGCAUUAUGCCUAGCCCUCGGCCCGCUCGUAAUUCCAAGCGCGCCACUUUUUCCCUCGCUGUAAUCUUCAUAACGAUGUCGCGAGUGUCGUAACACGCUAAAUUACUGGAUCAAUGCGCUUUAAGAGGACUGGCUUGCCUCCGGAAGACGAUGCAACCUCUCCACGGUACGGCCCGUGGAGGAACACAUCGGGCCAAGGGGGAUGAAAUAAUCUUGCGAAAAUUCAAUCAGCAAAAUGCGUCACAUAUUCCCGUCACCUCCCCCUGUACGCGUGUGCCUAUGAUCGUAAAUAAGCUGAGUUAUGCUGUGGGACGAGCGGAUUUAAAGGCGUCGAACCUCAACUGCGGAGCUACACGUUAGUUCCUGAUCGCUUCAAAAACUUCUCAGU